UGGGAUUUCCAGAAAACCGGUUUCACGAUUCAGCAAUUAUGGCUCCUCUCGGCUGCGGACGAAAGAAUAAUGACAACAAAAAACAGUGUAAGGUCGAGGCUGCCAUGUGUUGCGCGUCUAUGCGGUCAAGUCAAAAAAUGGCUGGCCCCAGGAUGCAGGCGCGGAAAGGAGGAUGGAUUCUGCUCAUUUGUUUAAUCAACUUCUUGACGAGCGCACAAGCUCUCCUCCAGUGCAAUAGUUUCUUCACCCAGACCGGCAGAUUGACAGGACUGAUUAAGAUCAGACCACCUUACAACAGCACCGUAAUUAAUGUUGAUGCGGAAUUCAUCGUCAAUGAAGUGAUUCAAACGAAUUAUUACGGGCUCAUGAAAUUGGCGGAGAAUGACAACGGACUUGCAAGUAGAUUGCGAAGCAACGAUUUCAGGGACAUCGUAUACCAAGUUGAAUUCCCGGAAAUAUCAAAGGCUCCGUACCUCAACAAGUUGAUUGUGAACGACAAAACCCUGUGCGAAGUGCGGCAACAAGCACUCCGACCUUACUCGCGUUUUAAUCUGCGUCACGAGUGGUUUACUUCUUUGCAGCUAGUAUUGGACAAUCUGUAUGAAAACGGGCCUCAACAGUACCAAAAUCCCUACACUCCUCCAGCAGUGCAGCCAGUUCGAACAGAAGCAGCAUGUCCUCCGCCUCCGAGAUGCAGCUGCCCUGCUCCAAUCGUGUGUCCACGACCACAAAAGUGUCCCGAAGUACAAUGUCCUCCAGCUCGUCUUUGUCCAGCACCAGCACCUCCUCCAAGAUGUAGCUGUCCCGCCCCUACCAGCUGCCCUCAACCGCAAAAGUGCCAAGCCAGUGGAACAACUCUCACUAAAAUCGAAAAUGACGAUAAAUUUAAAAGAUGCGGUGUUUCUCCCUCAAGGCUAGUUACGAACUUGAUACACGGCGGCAAAGAAGUAGCAAAAGGCCAGUAUCCGUGGGUAGCUGCAAUUUUCCAUACGAGCCAGAUGGGAAUAGAGUUCAAAUGUUCAGGAACUCUAAUUUCAGAAAUUCAUGUUGUGACAGCGGGACAUUGCGUUAUCAACGAAUACAAGGAUGGCGUCAAAGGCGCUCAGGAUGUAUUCGUUUUCCUUAAUAGGUACCAAUUAUUUGACUUCCACGACGAAGCAAUAGCUCCAGAGAUUUCGAAAAUAACGACUCACCCAUAUUACGAUAUGCAAGCUCAAGCCCCAGUCGCUGAUUUAGCAAUAAUUAGAUUCAAGCACAAGGUGACUUUUGGGCCGUUUGUUAAGCCGAUCUGCUUGUGGAAUCCGCAAAAGUCAUUCCCAAGCACAGGAAAGAUCGUCGGCUGGGGAUCUCACGAUUAUGGACCAGUUUCCAAACGGCCUAAAGAAGCAGAAGUGAAUGUGAUUGACAGCAAUGCAUGUGAAAAAUACGAAGGUGUUGAAACUAUACUGUCAAACCACACAUUGUGUGCAAUUUCAGUUCAAAGUCGAACCGGUGGGAGCCCGUGCUAUGGAGACAGUGGAGGCGGCCUCUACAUCAAAGCCAACGGCGGGCUUUGGUACCUCCGAGGAGUGGUGAGCCAAACGCUGUUGAACAAAAAGAACAACUGCGACGAGACCAAGCCGUCCACGUAUGCAGACAUAAGCACUGUAUUGCAAUGGAUAAAGGACGAAAUUCGGCUUUCGGGAAUAUCUCUUCCGCUCGAAUAAAACGUGAGGCAAACUCACUGAAAUGAGGAAAAGGUAGUUUCCA